GUAUAGUGAGGUGCGAUGCUGUCAGUUAGCAAGCCGGUGUCAUUAGUUCAGCAGAAGAAACAGCAGUGGGCGCGAGAGAGAGAGGAAAUGUCACAUCUGUAUCUACCUUGGGGGUCCGGUGAGCGAUACACAAAUCGCUUAACGGUACGGAAUCAAUUUGCGAGUUCACUUGAACUGCAUAAGCAGGCUUAUGAAUACACAGAACCUAUACAGAGACAGAGAAGCCCCAGUUUGCCGCCAAUUCAUCACAUCGACGUGAACAAAACUAUUCUAGAUGACAACAAGAGAUCUAAGGAAACUGUAAACAGGAAUAUUCCGAGUGCGAAGAGAUUCGCUUUUUACGACGAGGAUGCGGAAGGUGAUACGUCUGGCUACGGCAGCGAGACGGUGAACCACAUGAACACAAGAAGCCAACACAAAAGCAUGCAAGACGUACAUAAUCAUAACCCAGAUAUUGUAGUCGCGUGGCAGCAAGAUGGAAAAGAUAAUAGGAAACAGUCAUCUAGUGAUCGUUCAGGCGGGGCGGAAGGCGCCUGGUCUGCAAGGAGCUCGGGAGCUGAUGAAGGGCGGCCGAGGUGGGGGGACCGCGGGGUUGCUACGGGUCGUUUGUGGGAGCCCACCCUGCCCACUGCUAGACUACCACAGAUGCCGAAUCAAAAGAAAGGUACACCGGCAUGGGUAGAGCGCGGAUUAAAUAUGAUAGAAAGUGCCUCAGAUGUAUUAUUGAUAGACCAAAGAAGUUCGACUCAUUCUGGUUUAGAUUUUGAUAAGUCGUCGUAUAAUGGCAGCGAUGAAGGAAGAUCUUAUCUCAGGGGGCAAAAUGUCCCUAUAGAACCUGAAAUAAAAGCCCAAAGAGAAACUAAGAGGUUAAAAGCAUUAGAGUUACAAACAGUUAUUUUAAACCAGUUGGAAGAACGCGAAAAACGGAAACAAGAGGAGAGAGAGAAAAAAUUAAGAGAUGAACGAUUGGAAGAGUUGAGAAUUCAAAGACAACAAGAAGAAGAUAGAAUACGUUUAGAAGAAGAAAAACGACAUACUGAAGAAAAGCAAAGGCUAGAGCAACGGAAAUUGGACGCUUUAAAAAAAGCUCUUGAGGAUGCUGAAAAAAAGGCAAGACAAGAAAAAGAGAAAAGGUUCCAAUAUCAUAAACAAGCUGCUAGUUCAAAUGUAUGCAACGAAAAUAAAACUUGUAUAGAGGAUAAAGCUUCAUUGGAAUCUGUUAGAAUAAGUCCAACGAAAACAGUCAGCCCGGCAAAAACUUGCAGAACGUAUAAUAUUAAUUCAGCACAUAGUCAAAAGAAAGAUAAUAUUUCUUCACAGCAGACUUCUACGUUUAAUUCGCCACGAUCCGUCGCAAAUGGAAGUGUAAAUUUAUACAUACAUAAUGUACCGCCCCUAAAAUUAGCUGAUAAUCAAUAUAAUAUAGUUCCCAUCGGAAUUAAUGGGUCGGGUGAAAUCGUUACAGGCCAAUCAAAUAGUAUACAAUUAGCUGUAUUAGUUCCACAAAAUCUCAAUAAUAACUAUUAUAGUGUUUCCGUUAACUCUAACUGUGGAAAUGAUACUUCUGAUUUGGGAAAAAUUUUAACACCCCGUAAGUAUCGAGAGUUAAGAACAAAAGAUGUUGCUACACAAACUGAUAACGAGACGUGCAUAAGCGCAAAAACCAAUAAAACAGAGUCUCUAAACGAAACUCAACGAUGUUUAGACAAAGAUUACUCCAAUAUUGAUGAAAAUGCUCCUCAAGAAGACCAUAGAAAUAGCAUGAAAAAAGAUAGACGUUUGCGGUCCGAAGAAAGAUAUAAAAAGGAUAUAGAAAAUCGUCCAAAGUGGGGAGCAAACCGACCUCAAGCACAAUACAAAAAGCAAAGUGAAAAAGAUCCGUUUUAUACUCAAAAGAGAAAAUUACGCCAUAAACAUAGGCCCCCAAUUAGACAAUAUUUAUCUCAAUCGAGUGACGAUAGUAGAUCUCCGAGCCCACCGACAAGGUCGGAUAAAAUUUCGGAAUCUAGUAGCAAACAACGGAAUUCGCUUAGUCAGUCUUACUGGAGGAAUAAACAAACAGGUCAAGAUGCAUCAAGAAUAAACAAUGAAUGUGAAAACGAAAACGAUUCACGAGAAUUUAUUUCUCUGUCACAAAUAACUAAACCAGAUAAAAUUGAUAAUAAAAACUCCAGCAAAUUUUCGCCAACAAAGCGGAUAACACUCUCUCAAAAAUUUAUUAAUGAUAAAUAUGGUAGUAGGAAGUUGUGGCAAGAAGAAAGCAUUGAAAGAAAUCCGAAAUACGUAAUUGAUACGGAAAUAUCGAAAAAAACUUUAUAAUAAUUAAAAGUUAAGUUAUUAAAUCGACUGAUAUAAAUUAU